AUGAAAUUUGUUACUAGAUUCGGGAGUCUCCAAAUUCAUCAAAAGAGUGACCCUAACGAACCAAGUUUUUUGUAUUUGACAGAAAAUCAAAUUAAUUUCGAACUUUUAAAUUGUGUAUUUUUAAAGAAAUUUCCCAAUGGAAAUGUAACAUGCUUUAAAUGUGAUUCUUUCUCUUAUUUGUUCGAAGGCCGUUGUAUUAAAAACGAUGUUAAUUGUGCUAUAUCAAAUUCAUUAAAUAAGUGCGUCCAAUGCAAACCAAAUUACGUUUUGAACAACAAAUUUCAGUGUAUUUUCUCUGAAAUUUGUGAAAUUGGAAAUACCAAAACUUGUUUUAAAUGUCAACAAGGAUAUUUUAAUGUAAACGGAACUUGUAAAAUAACGACCAAUUGUUUACUGACAGACGGCACUGUUUGUCGCAAGUGUCGAAAAGGUCUAUCAAUGGGAACAUGUGAUAAUUGUGAUUUAAAUUGCAACAAGUGUGAUUUUGUUAGUAAAAAGUGUUUAGUGUGUGAAGAGGGAACAAUGCUAACAGAGAAAGGAAGUUGUAUAAGUCAAGAAGGUGCAAUAACAUAUGGAAUGUCUACUUUGUUUUGCCUUAACACUUUUUAUAUCAACAAUUCAAUUUGUUUAAAAUGUAAUCAAAAGAAUGAAAAUUGGGUAAUAUGUACCAACUCAAUGCCGACAAAGUGUUCACCAAAAUUUUUGUUAUCUUCCGAAGGUAAUUGUGUUACUUCUUCUUGUGAACAAAAUGAAAUCAAAGAAGCGAAUGGGAAGUGUACAAUCCCAAUAUCAAACUGUGAAAGUGUAUUAAAUUCAAAGUGUGUUUUAUGUAAAGAAGAGUAUAUUAAAAAUUCAAAAAAUGAGUGUCAACAUUUUACAACAAUACUAGAAGUAGAUUAUUGUGAUAUUAGAAACUCAAGCGGUUGUAUUUCAUGUCAGUUUGGAUAUUACUUAUCAGAUGAGAAGUGUUUAAAAUGUGAUGACAAUUGUGAAAGUUGUUUAUUUAAUUCAACUUCAUGUCUCUCGUGUUAUUCUGGAUUUUACAAACAAGAAAAAACAUGUAUAUCAAAUUCGGAAUUAACGGAGUCGUGUCAACAUUUAUCGACCGUCAUCUCGGGAUGCACCCAAUGCAAAGAUGGAUAUUAUAGAAUUGGUCUGGGUUGUGCCAAAUGCGAUAAAAAGUGCUCUUUGUGUAAUACCAAAGCAAAAUGCCUCUCAUGCAACUCAACAAAUUUUAAAACAAGUAGUGGGGAGUGUCUUCCACAAGAUUUAAUUAGUGGGUGUGACAUUGAAAUAACUCAAUCUGGCUGUUCAAAGUGCCAAAAUGGAUAUUACCAAUUUGAUACAAAUCAAUGUGAAAAGUGUAGUAAUAAGUGUUUAACAUGUUCUUCUAGAGAAAGUUGUUUAACGUGUAAAAAUGGAGAUGUUUUAGUUGGUUCAAAUUGCAUAUUAUUUUCCUCGAUAAAGAGUUGUACAGCAUCAUCCAAUUCGAAGUGCACAAAAUGUUCUUUUUGGAAUACCCCAAGUGAAGCUGGCACUUUUUGUGAAAACAAAGCCGUUUGGUGGAUCAUUUUAUUGAUCGUUGUUUUCAUCGUUUUAGUGUUGCUUUCAACAAGUGGGCUGAUUGUUUAUUUCACCAAAUUGAUACUCAACAAAAUGCACCAAAAGAUACAACAUGAACGAGUGACUAUUUUCAAAAUGAAAAGGUCGAACAUUCAAUUUAUAUCAUUAGGAAAUUCCAUUUGCUCAAAUCAUAGAAUUGUGGACUUUAACUCCGAAACAGACGAAAUUCCGGUUUUAAAGGAAACAAGACAACUUCUUUGUAUUGGCAACACCAAAGAAAGGACUUUGAAAGUCCAAAUUUCAAUGAAAUCAGACCAAGAAAGUUAUUCCAUUCGAACAACACCAGAGAUAAUAUCACUUAAAAGGGGGUUUGCAUGUGAAUUUGAAAUUUUUAUAAGACCAAACUACACAUGUAAAAUCACUGAUGACGCUUUGAUAAUAUCAAAAUCAUUGGAAAGUGGCAAGGAAUUUAUUAGUAAAAUUACAAUUGAGGGCAAACACUGA